AUGGCUUCCAGUGGUAAGGAACCGUGGCGUUUGGUCCUACUGGGCAAGACCGGGGUUGGCAAAAGCUCUGUAGGUAACACCAUUCUGGGUGACAAAGUGUUCAAGUCUGAGUCCAGAGCCACCUCUGUUACCACUUAUUGCUCAGCUGAAAAAAGAGUGAUCAAUGGCCAAAAGAUUACAGUCAUUGACACCCCUGGUUUGUAUGACACAAACAUGAGUAAUGACUUCAUAAUCAAAGAGGCUGUGAAGGGUGUUCGGCUGGCUGCUCCUGGUCCUCAUGCCUUUCUUCUUGUGAUUGAUGUGAGACGUUUCACUCAAGAGGAGAAAGACACUGUCAAGAACUUCCAGAAGGCCUUUGGUGAUGGAGUGCACAAGCACAUGAUUGUGUUGUUCACCCGUGGAGAUGAUCUUGAGUAUGACAACAAGACAGUGGAUACCUAUGUAGACGAGGCUGGACCUGACCUGAAAGGCCUGAUAUCUGCUUGUGGAAGGCGGUAUCAUGUCUUCAAUAACAGGAAGACAGAAGACCGCACUCAGGUGGAAAUCCUUUUCCAGAAGAUUCGCACGAUGCUGGAUGCUUCCAAUCACAGCUACUACAACUAUGAGCUGUUUGAAAGUGAGCAAAGAAUGAGUGAACUGGAGGCUAAAUUGCGAAAACUGCAACAACAGAUCCCUUUUUAUGACAUAUUAAUCUUUUCACCAGACUUCUCAUCACAUGUAAAUCACGUUCGCCAAGUUCUUCUCAAACUCCAAGAGAAUAACCUGUAUGCUAAAGCAGAGAAAUGUGAGUUUCACUUACAGAGGGUAUCCUUCCUAGGUUACGUCAUCAGUUCGUCUGGUGUUUUGAUGAGUGACGAUAAAGUUUCCGCAGUCACUAACUGGCCCAAGCCUGGCUCCGUUAAGGAGUUUCAACGGUUUCUGGGGUUUGCUCAUUUUUAUCGGCGAUACAUCCGCAACUUAAGCUCUACGGCCGUUCCUCUCACUGCCCUCUUGAAGGGAUCCCCUAAAAAGCUCUCGUGGUCUGAUUCCGCUCAGGGUGCAUUUGAUGCCCUUAAACUCGCGUUUUCUAUGGCACCUAUCCUCAAACACCCCGACCCUGAGAAACCUUUCGUUGUGGAAGUGGACGCUUCUAACACUGGGGUUGGUGCUGUUCUGUCCCAGCGCUCCGGUAUCCCUCUUAAGCUCCAUCCCGUGGCUUUCUUCUCUCGGAAGUUAUCACCGGCUGAUGCCUUAUCUCGUAUUUUCGCCGUAAAUGAGGAGGAGAACUCCGAUCCGGAGCGCAUCCUUCCUCCUACUGUCCAGAUCGCUGUCAUUCAGUGGGAGUUCAAAGAGCAGAUACAACAGGUAAACGCUCAUCGAACUCCCCCAGAGGGCACUCCUCCGGGUAGGGAACCGUGGCGUUUGGUCCUACUGGGCAAGACCGGGGUUGGCAAAAGCGCUGUAGGUAACACCAUUCUGGGUGACAAAGUGUUCAGGUCUGAGCCCAGAGCCACCUCUGUUACCACUUAUUGCUCAGCUGAAAAAAGAGUGAUCAAUGGCCAAAAUAUUACAGUCAUUGACACCCCUGGUUUGUAUGACACAAACUUGAGUAAAGACUUUAUAAUCAGAGAGACUGUGAAGGGUGUUCGGCUGGCUGCUCCUGGUCCUCAUGCCUUUCUUCUUGUGAUUGAUUUGAGACGUUUCACUCAAGAGGAGAAAGACACUGUCAAGAACUUCCAGAAGGCCUUUGGUGAUGAAGUGCACAAGCACAUGAUUGUGUUGUUCACCCGUGGAGAUGAUCUUGAGUUUGACAACAAGACAGUGGAUACCUAUGUAGACGAGGCUGGACCUGACCUGAAAGGCCUGAUAUCUGCUUGUGGAAGGCGGUAUCAUGUCUUCAAUAACAGGAAGCCAGAAGACCGCACUCAGGUGGAAAUCCUUUUCCAGAAGAUUCGCACGAUGCUGGAUGCUUCCAAUCACAGCUACUACAACUAUGAGCUGUUUGAAAAUGAGCAAAGAAUGAGUGAACUGGAGACUGCAUUGCAAAAUCUGCUAACAGAAAUCCCUUUUUGUAGUAUACUGUAG